GACCAUUUAACACCACGUUCUCUCUAUCUUUCUAGCUAGUCAAGGACGCCCUCGAUGUUUUUAUACGUAUAGGUGUCGCGUAUAUACGGUUUAAUCAGACGGUGGCAGGUGGAUCGGCGUCAGAUCCGAUCAAGAUCGAAUGGCGGAGGACAAGUACAACCUGAAGAACCCGGCGGUGAAGCGGAUUCUGCAGGAGCUCAAGGAGAUGCAAUCUAAUCCUUCUGAUGAUUUCAUGAGCCUACCUCUCGAGGAGAAUAUAUUUGAAUGGCAAUUUGCAAUUAUGGGACCCCGCGAUACUGAAUUUGAGGGUGGAAUCUAUCAUGGACGGAUCCAGUUGCCUGCAGAAUACCCGUUCAAGCCGCCUUCUUAUAUGUUGUUGACUCCAAAUGGUCGUUUCGAAACCCAAACCAAGAUUUGCUUGAGCAUAUCGAAUCAUCAUCCUGAGCACUGGCAGCCAUCUUGGAGUGUGCGGACGGCAUUAGUUGCCCUCAUCGCAUUUAUGCCCACCAACCCAAAUGGUGCAUUGGGCUCACUGGACUACAAGAAGGAAGAGAGGCGAGCUCUGGCCAUAAAAUCUCGUGAAGCAGCCCCAACCUUUGGGAAUCCUGAACGUCAAAAGCUAAUUGAUGAGAUUCAUGAAUCCAUGCUAAGGAAGGCACCUGCUGUUCCUCAACUCAGCUCCUUAGAAGCUCCUAAACGACACCAUACAAACAGUGAGAGUGAAGCCCAGGCAAGUUCACAAGAUUCUGGGGCCAUGACCAUCAGCGAGGAGCUCCAAAAUCCACCAGUGGGUGAUAGAAUUGUUGAAGAAGUGCAUGAGGCUCCUGUAAAUGCUGAUUCCAGCCCCCCUGAAGUCAGGGUAUCAAGGGAGGUUUCAGCCAGGGUAUCCAGUGAUGAGCAGCCGCAAAAGCCUGAAAUUAGGGUUCAUAAACUGGCUGAUGAUCGCUUGUUUACAUGGGCUGCUGUCGGACUUACUAUUGCAAUUGUAGUUCUUUUGCUGAAAAAGUUCAUGAAAUCUAGUGGACAUGGUGCUCUAUUCACCGAUGGAUCAUAGAUUCAUGGAUGGCUUAAGUUGCAUUGACAACUCAAAUUAUGCAGUAAAGUAUUUGAAAUAUAUGUAUAUCCAUUCAAGAUUUUUGAUUAAUUUGGAAGAGCUUGUAACAUAUAUUAAGAUCCUCCUGAUAUACCUAGUUAUUGUAAUAACAUUCGAGCUACCCCUUUGCGUAUGUAAGCAAGGUUGGAAGUAUUUUCUUCGUA